UUUUAAUAAUAAUAAUAAUAAUAAUAAUAAUAAUAUCGAAUGUUACCUUGAUAAAAUAAUAAAUUAAUUUUUCCACAAAUAGGGAUGGACGAGUCCUUAUCGCUAACAAUACUGUCCUAUUCUUCAUCCUUAUUCUUGCCAUAAAAGCUUAUAACUCUUUUUCCGAAUGAGUUCUCUAUGAAUCUCAAAAAGUUAAUUUUUAAAGGUUCAUUCUUACUGUUUAUAAAAUUAUCUCAAUUGAUAAAGAUAGAGUACUCAAAUAUUCACAUUGUAUUGCAUCUAUAUUUGGUUACACGGAACCAUUUUUUCCAUAAAAAGUUUUAUUUAUCGAUUUUUGCUGAUCAUUUGAACUAAUAUAAAUAGUCACCUGUUUUCCGGUAUUGAAUAAUAAAAAUUUAACGGUAAGCUUACCGAUAAAUUAAUUAAUUUAUUUACACUAUGGAACAAUUAAAUGAAAAUGAAAUAAAAGAAAGAACUUGCAUUUUAUGCAAACAAACAAAUAUUGAAACAAAUUCUUUAGAAGAUAAUCAUUCAAAUAAUAAUAAAAAGAAACAAAAAUGUUCAGAAUGUAAAAAAAUAAUUAUGGGGAAUAACUGGUGUCAAACUUGUAAUUCAAUGAAAUUUCAACAAAAUUUCAAUAAUUGGACUAGUGGUAAUGAAAUUAUUAAUAAGUUCAUUCAAAAUUCUCAAUUAUCAGCAAAAAAUCAUUUUCAAUUAUUAGAAUGGAUACCUUAUGAAAAAUUUCGUAAUAUUUCUUAUGCUACAGAAGGUAAAUUUGGUAAAGUUUAUAGUGCAAAUUGGAAAGAUGGUUAUAUUACAUAUUGGAAUAAAAAGAAAAAUCAAUGGAAAAGAGAUGGUAAAACCACUGUAGCUCUUAAAACUUUGAAUAAUUCACAAAAUAUUACAUUGGAAUUUAUUAAUCAGGUUAUGUUGCAUCUUAAAAUUCAAGAAUAUAAGUUAUCAGACCAAAUUAUUAAAUGUCAUGGAAUUACUCGAGAUCCAAAAACAAAAGAUUAUAUUAUAGUUAUGAAUUACGUUAAAAUCGGAUAUUUACCAAAUUUUUUGACCAAAAAAAAGAAAAAAUUAUAUAAACAGCACAAAUUACAUGAAAAUAAUUUAAAUAUGAGUUUGAAAUUGUGGAGAUAUAAAAUUAUGAUUUUACAACGUAUUUCAGCUGGGCUUAAAAGAACUCAUAGUAGAAAAUUGAUUCUUCGAGAUUUUCAUAUUGAAGAUACUGUAUGUAAUAAUUGUAUAACUGAUAUGAGAUUAUGUAAACCGGAAAAUCAUAAAAAAUUUGAAAACGUGGAAAAUAAUAUGUAUGAUGUUUUACUUAAUUUGGCUCCUGAAAUUUUAAGGGGACAAGAUUGUACUCAAUUCUCUGAUAUUUACAGUUUUGGCAUAACUAUGUAUGAGAUGAUUUCAGAAUUUACUCUAUAUAAUAAUAAUAAUGCUCAUGGAUUAUGUUUAGUAUUAGAUAUUUGUGAAGAAUUAAAGUCUGAGAUUAAUAUUAAAGUACCACAAUUAUUGUUGAAUUUAAUUAAAAAUUGCUUAGAUGUAAAUCCAUUAGAUCGACCAAAUGCAAACGAUCUAUUAAAUUUUUUUGAUAAAUGGUUAAAAGAACUUAAUAGGUAUAUUAAGGGUAUAGAAAAUCAAGCAGAGGCCACUAAAACAGAAUUAAUUAAACAAAUUGAAGAAAUAGAAAAAGUGAAAAAUAUCAAUGAAAAUCCAUCACCUGAUAAUAUAUCGGAUAAAGAUUAUUCAGGUAUUAAAUAAUAUAAAUUCAUUCGCUCUUUUAUCUAUUGAAUCAUUUAUAUUAAUUAUUAAUCCUUUACAGACAACUCUUCAAAUGAUUCCGAAGAUAAUGAUUUUGAAGAAUGUGCAAUUCAUGAUUGAACCUAUAUACGAAAUAUUUUGAAUUAUUUAUUUGUUAUUAUUUAUAUAUAUUUUCUAAGAUUCUGACGACGAUUUUACAUAUAUCGAUAUAUAGUUUUUGUUCAACACUGAUUAUAGAGUAUUAUGUAAACUUUAUAUUUUUAUACAAAUAAAAAUCAGUUUGUAAUUGAGC